GAGCGCACCCACGACGAUGUCUCGCAGCAGCUACGACCGCUACCUCACCGUCUUCUCGCCCGACGGCAGGCUGUACCAGGUCGAGUAUGCCUUCAAGGCCAUCUCGGCCUCGGGCCUCACCUCGAUUGCCAUCAAGGGCAAAGACUGCGCGGUGGUGUGCACCCAACGAAAGAUUCCCGACAAGCUGCUGGAUCCGAGCACCGUCACGCAUAUUUUCCAGCUCACGCCCGAGAUCGGCUGCAUCAUGACCGGCCGCGUCGCCGAUGCACGCGCACAGGUCCAGCGCGCCCGCUCCGAGGCCGCAGAGUUCCAGUACAAAUACGGCUACGCCAUCUCGCCGGAUCUUCUCGCGAAGCGCAUGGCCAACAUCAACCAGGUCUACACGCAGCGCGCCGCGAUGCGGCCCCUGGGCAUCAGCAUGAUCAUCGUCGGCCUCGAUGGCGAGGCCGACAGCGCCGGCUACGGGCCGCAGAUCUUCAAGGUCGACCCCGCAGGCUACUACGUUGGGUUCCGCGCGACGGCUGCGGGGGCCAAGCAGACGGAAGCGAUCAACUACCUCGAGAAGCAAUUCAAGAAGGGCAGCUCAGCCCUGGCGGGCGCAGGAAGCGCAGGCUCAGCGGGGCAGCAGGAGGAGCCCUCGUACAGCUUGCCAGACCAGGCCGCGAGCGAGGCAGAGGCCAUCUCGCGCAGCCUCUCGACAAACGACACGCUGGAUCUGGCCGUCACGACGCUCGCCACCGUCCUGGCCCAGGACCUCAAGGCAAACGAAAUCGAGAUUGGCAUCGUCGGCGGAGAGGAGGCAUUCAAGGGGGAGGACGCAGACGCAAAACAGGCCCAGAAGCAAAAGCGGUUCAGGACACUGACGGAAGAAGAAGUCGGCGCCGUCCUCGACAGGUUGGCUGAAAAGGACUAAUGAUUUCCUUGAAGCUGUCUUUUUAUGUGUAAUGGGGUGGAUGCGCAAUGAGAGACAAACCGCUGGAGACUGAAAGAAACG